GUCAACAAAGAGCAUAUUUCUGAUGGACAUCGCGAUGGAAGCUCCAACGGGCGCCUCCUCCUGGCGUAAGCAACUCCUCCAUUCCUGGAAUCAAAUCAACGACAACUCAGAGCCUGAUCCCAGGUUCAAUCCAAUUUAUCUCGAUGGCUUCAAGUCAGCUUACGAGGGCGGUCUCGAUCGACUUCGCCUCUCCCUUAUUUUAUCCAGUCUCUUCAAGCAACCAGUUUACCUGACCAAAAGAAUACCCUAUGGACCUGGAGACGUUCUCGAACCAGAACAUGUGUCGACCAUCAAGAUUCUAUCGGCACUGGUCAUAGCGGCUAUAGUCAGUGAUGACUUCUACCUCACCAACUUGCUGUUCGACCCGCAUAUCAUGGACCAAGAUGGGAAAACAACCAUGAUGUGUAGGAAAUGGGAUGGAUCUGCUGCCAUGCUCUUUCUCACCAUCCUUCCCUAUGUUUUGUUCUGCCACCUCGGGUCUCGGGACAUCGGCGCUUAUGACUACCCAAAGGACUACGGAUUCUCGUUCAAAACCAUCGAUAGCUCUUACGUGCUCUCCUCCAACGGGCCAUCGAUCAUUUAUCUGCAAAAAGUCUUUCUUCCCAACUUGAGUUUGCUCGGUGUGCAUCCGAGGUCCUUUGUCGACUUGUCAAUGACGAAAGUGGAAAACCGAUUUCCUAGUCAACCAGACCUCUACAUCACUACAGAGGAGUUGGAACUGGAAAUAUCUAUCAAUCCUCUUGUUGCGCCGCUGAAAAGACGGAUUGACUUGACCAAUCGGGGGGAAAUAUGGAAAGUAACCGCUUACGCUCACUGCCCAGACUACGUCUCUUCGAGGUUCACGCAGCUUCUUGAGAACGAGAUGUGCGCCGCUUUCCACUGCCAGCAAGGACCCCGUUAUACGGGUAGUCAAGAGAACUCGGACACGGAGAAGCUGAUUGAAGUGGAGCACGUGCAAACCGACCCCCGAAACUCUCCAGAGCCCACUGAGUCAUACAUUGGAUACGAGCUCACACGGCCAUUACCCUGUGAAAUUAUUAAUCAAGAAGACAAGGUGGGAGAUGCGAGUACUUUUGUAUCUUCAGACGAACAGGCUGAUGGGUUCAUACUUGAUCUCAUUCGAGAUGGUCUGCGUGGACUGCGGGCUGAGCUGCUUCAUGGUCAUGCCGUGGACAGGCAACAAACCUGGGGGUUCAUGUCGUUCUACCAGUUGAUGGCUCCCAGUUAUGUGGACUGGAACGACGGGAGCAGGAGAAUGGUAGUCAAAGAGUUCAGGGAGGACUACUCUGGUCUAUAUCGCAAAAUACAGGUCUUCUUCGGAAAGGCCUUGGACUAGGUUGGUGAGAGGGCUGCUUCAGUUCGACAAGAGGCGCACGACGAACUAGCCAAGGUACACGGCCGUGACUUUCGGACGGUAAGAUUGACCGCGUCAGUUGGGUAACAUACGGUGUCGUAGGAAAGCGUGGACCCAGCGUUGAGAAAUGAGGAAGCGGUAUAUUCAUAUGAUAGAACAACGACGACUCGGACGGAGAAGGUAUGCGUUCUGGUCGGGGAACUGAGCACUGGUCUUGCAAAAACCACAUGUAUACCUGUCGUAUCAUUAGAAGCACCGCAGAUCUGUCACUGGAACUCACCAUGGAAGAGUCAGUAUAGUUUGCAAUAGCGCAGAUUUUAAUGCUCCAUGAAUACAUACAGUUUCUGGAAUAACACAUCGAACUGGGCGUCAAGUGUAGGUAGUGUAUCAUCGUGAUACAAAUAUUUAUUUGACCCCCGGUGGUUUCCCCAGCAAUUAUCGCUGCCGCCAAGCAAGCUUCACGGCACC